CAUCUUCAUUGUUUUCUCCUAAAAUAAAAUUCCUCAACAUUAUUCAUUCCUAAAUAUUUCACAAUACCCAAAUUUAUAUAUCAAUUUAUAUAAAACUUCAAUUUUAUUUUUUUUUUAUAUAAAUUCUUCAUUUCUAAAACCCAUAUACAUAGAUCAACCAAUUUUAUAUUUUUCUAUAAAUCUCAGAUCAGUUGUUAAAUAACAGGUAUUCGUUCUGGUUGAUGAUAUCUUAUCGGAACGUAUGUGUAAAAUAUGGUGUCGAAGAAUAGUAUAUAUUAUGGACAAUUGGAUGGUAUUAAAGCCCCCGUGGUACCUAGAGCUCGUAGAUCGUUAAGGGUGAUCGAUGAGCCUAGGACAUCAUCCGAAGGUAGUAAACUAAGCGCUUUUGAGUUGUUGGCGGAUGUUGCGAGUAAGUUAUUGCAGGAGAGUGAAAGUUCUACUUCAAGCAUUGGUCAAGAAUGGAAAGGAGAGAUUAACGUGAAGAAGGAAGAGCCGGAGGUCAAUGUUAAUGUGAAGGAAUCACCAGAGUCCGAUUAUGAUUCUGGUUUGGAGCAUGUUUCGGAUAUUGUAAAGAAAGUUGGGAGCAGUGUUAAGUUGGAACCGUUUGAAGGCAAGAAUGUCGAUAAAUUGGAAUUGGUACAGAAGGAUAGUGGGGAGUUGGCAUAUAGGGAUUCGUGUGUAAAUACUCGUGUGCUAAAUAAGCCAUUUAGUAGUGUACAUUUGCCCUUCUAUAAUUACCCCGUUUGUAAGGGAAAUAUAAAGAUGGGUAUUAGAGAUGAUGAUGACAAAAAACCUUUUAGGCGUAAUUAUAGUGUGACCAAAAUGAGGUCAUUUAAGUCGCAAUCGCGUGCUGGAUAUAGGAGAAUCAGGAAGAUGUUGACUUCUAGAUACCAUAAACUAACUACAAAGAAAGAUUAUGAAGUUGUUAACCCUACUAAUUGUGGAAUGAAACUGCCUGACCAAUAUAGGAAAAAUAUAUAUAAUCAAGAAAGGUGCCAAAUAGAGGCUGCUUCUAAAAAGAGGAAGCUGUUUUAUCAUAAUAGCUCAGACACUUCGAAAAAAGUCAAAUUUAGCAUCAAGUCCUUUAAAGUGCCGGGACUUUAUGUUGAGAUACCAGAAACCGCAACUAUAGGUUCAUUGAAGAGAACUGUUAUGGAAGCUCUUAGUGCUUACUUAGGAGGGGAACUACAUGUAGGGGUACUUCUUGAAGGAAAAAAGGUCAGAGACAACAACUGGACCUUACAACAAACAGGCAUUUCCCAGAGCUGUAACCUUGAGAGUCUAGGAUUUACAUUGGAGCCCGGUGUUCCUCAAUUGUUACAACCACAACACACUAGUCAACAGCCGUCGAGCUCUACAGCAAGUCCCAUAACGGAUGUGGGAUGUUCAAAUUGUUCUCUAGAUCUUGCCCUCACAAAUAGUUUAGAAAAUCAUGUUGAUAAGAAUCAAGAAAUUAUACCCUUACAGACUGAAGUACUAACAGAAGAAAGAGUGGCAGAUUUCAAAGCUGUUGCGCCAAUCACAACAUUAAAAGUUGAGCCUCUUUCAGCCGUCCCCUUUGACAACAAACCAACUAACAAAUCUGAAGGUUCCCAGCGUAGAAUUAGGAGACCGUUUUCCGUAUUGGAGGUUGAAGCACUUGUGGAAGCUGUUGAAACUAUUGGAACCGGAAGAUGGCAUGAUGUUAAAUUGAAUGUUUUUAAUGAUGCAACUCAUCGAACUUCUGUGGACCUAAAGGAUAAGUGGAAAACUCUAGUUCACACAGCAAGCAUUGCCCCUCAGCAAAGAAGGGGUCAACUAUUGCCCCAGGUACUACUGGACCGGGUUCUGGCUGCACAUGGGUACUGGGCUAACCAUCAGCAUAAGCGGCAGCAGAAGGGACCAGAGUGAACCACUUCAAAUCUGGACUGUUCGAGUGUAGCAUUUGAAAACUGACAUUUGGUGACAGAAUGUAAAAAAUAUGAAGAGGAUGUGAGACAUGGUAAAAAAAGAAAAGAAGGUAGGGUUGUUUAUUUGUUGUUAUUGUUGGUCUUUUCCUUAUAUUGAUUGAUUUGGAAGGUAAAGAAUUAGUUGGUAGUUUGAUUUAGCUUAUUUCAUUCUUUUGACCAAGUGUGUUAUGGAUAUAGAAGUUGGAAUGUGAAAAGUUGUAAUUUCUGGUA